GGGUUUCCUGUAGAUAGAAUGUCCCAAUGAGCCAUCAGGUCUACUCUCAAACUUGACAUUCUUUCUCUCUUGUAAACAUUAUCUUAAAAUGGCGAACUUUGUGUAAUGUUCUCAAACGUCUGACUGUUAUUUUUAACUUUUGGUAUUAUAAGAGUACAAAUACACUAUAAUACGGUACAUUUGACCAUUUGCGUCAUGGAUUUAAAUACAAUUAAGUGCAGUAUUGCUGUGACAAUCAAUCUGCAUAGAGAGCUCUGUUUAGCUGGCUUAAUGACUGCAAGUACAAUUGGAGACCUUUCCUCGCUAUGCGUGUCACGUGUGGCAACGUGUGGAACCUGCUUAUGGCAGUGGUGCUGAGGAAUGCUGGAUAUGCGUAAAAAAAACUGGUACUGGUUGGGAAUGUGAUUUAUUUUGCUUUUUGCUGCGGAGCAUAAUCGGCUGGGUGAGUUGAUGCAAGUUGAGGGGUGCUCAUGUCUCUCUCCCUCCCUCGCCCGAGCCACAAACUCCCCCCCCCUGCCUAGUCCGCCACGGCAAAGCCCUCCCUGGCUUGUUCAUGGUUGGGGCCUGCCUUUUUAAUUUCCUGCCCCGUGCUCGGGAGCACUCUGGGGGCUGCAUCCAUCAUUCUUUGCUAUCGUGUGCGAUGAAGUCUAUCAAAAAGUGGGUGGCAACAUUGACAGCCGUAAAGGGUGUGAUGAGAAUCAGCCCAGGCAUGGAGGAGACCGAGAUAUGGGAACAGUACACCGUGAACCUGAACAGGGCUCCAGGAAUGGGCUUUGGGAUUGCCGUGUCAGGUGGGAAAGACAACCCUCAUUUCCAGAGUGGAGAGACAUCCAUCGUCAUCUCGGAUGUUCUGCAAGGAAGCCCUGCAGAUGGCCUGCUCGAUGAGAAUGACAGAGUGGUCAUGGUGAAUGGAGUGUCAAUGGACAAUGUAGAUCAUGCAUUUGCUGUCCAGCAGUUGAGGAAAAGUGGAAAGACUGCACAGAUUACGGUGCGUCGCAAGAAGUUGGUUCAGAUCCCCAUUUCGCGACGGAUGGACCCGCAGCUGCAGCCACGGCGUGACCUCGACCGCUUGGACCACCAGCGCCACCACCACCACGACGACGACGACGACGACGAGGACGACGACAUGGACGUGGGCUUCCACCCUGACGACGACGACGACCGCCGCAACCACAGGAGCGGCCGUAGCCCCGUCCGCUCGGGCCGCCGCAGCAGGGAGUACGGCCUUGACCAGGUCGGGAGACGCAGCAGGGAUCCCAGCGUUGACCGCGACAACCGGCGCAGUUGGGAACGCAGCCUCGACAGGGGGGGGGGCGGUGGUGGUGGCCGGCAGCGCAGCGUGGAUCGGAGCAGGGAGCGCAGCGUGGAUCGGAGCAGGGAGCGCAGCCUGGAUCGGAGCAGGGAGCGCAGCCUGGAUCGCGAUCGCGCGGCGCCGCAUGGACGCAUCUGGAGCCAGGGCCGCAGUCAGUCGAUGGGGACCCUAGACUCGACUUCGCCCGUCCGCCCGCAACGCCCCAUCAAGGUCACGCUGGUCAAGAGCAAGCCCUCUGAGGGUUAUGGAUUGAGACUGGGCAGCCACAUCUAUGUGAAGGACAUUGGCAACGAUGGACUGGCAGCCCGGGAUGGCAACAUUCAAGAGGGUGACAUUGUACUGAAGAUAAACGGCACUGUGACUGAGAACAUGUCGUUGGCGGAUGCCCGGAAGCUGAUUGAAAAGUCCAAGGGGAAGCUGAAACUGGUGGUACAGCGCGAUGAGAGGAAGACGCUCACCAACAUGCCGGAGUUGGAUGACAGCCCGCCUUCAUCAGACGGCUCUGACCACAGUGACAUCUCGGACAUCCGCUCCCUCAAGUCGGACCGCUCGGACCGUUCGGACCGCUCCAAUGGUGACAAUGCUCGCUCCGGCCCACGGCCGCGCUCCCCACGCGACGACCGGGGCUCCGGGCAGUCGGACCGCGGCUCCGCCAGCCAGCCCACCAGCUCCGUCGGCUCGAGGGGCGCGGAUGUGGGGAGCAAGCUGUCGAAGAUGGGUGGCGUUCCCACCCCCUUCAAGAUGGACGAUGGUGUCGUGCCAGCCCUCAAGCCGGUGGAUGAAGCCAGGGCGACGCGUUCGGAGGAGAGCACAGAGAAGGCAGCGCCAUCGUCUGAUGUCAAGCCAGUUUUUUCCCAAGGAGGGCAGCCUGAUGUGGAUCUCCCACCUGGACUUACUGAAUUGCCCAAUGAUGAUGAUCAGUUGUUCAGCCCGGAGGUGAAGCUGGUGCAGUUUAAGAAGGGGGACAGCGUGGGGCUGCGUCUCGCUGGUGGGAACGACGUCGGGAUAUUUGUGGCGGGCGUGCAGGAUGGCAGCCCCGCUGCCCAGCAGGGGCUCGACGAGGGAGACCAGAUCCUCAGCGUGAAUAAUGUGGACUUUAGAAACAUUGUGCGAGAGGAGGCAGUACUUUACCUCCUGGAGCUGCCCAAGGGGGAGGAGGUGCUGGUGCAUGCCCAGAGGAAGAGAGAUGUCUACCGCCGGGUCGUGGAAUCGGACGUGGGCGACUCGUUCUACAUCCGCACGCACUUUGAUUACGAGAAGGAGAAUCCCUACGGCCUGAGCUUCCUGCGCGGCGAGGUGUUCCGCGUUGUCGACACGCUCUACAACGGCAAGCUGGGCUCGUGGCUCGCCAUCCGCAUCGGCCGCAACAACCAAGAGGUGGAGCGCGGCAUCAUCCCCAACAAGAACAGGGCGGAACAGUUAGCGACUGUCCAGAACUUCGCCAAAGUUGGGACCAACGACCGAGCCGAUUUCUGGCGAUUCCGCGGCCUCCGCUCAGCCAAAAAGAACCUGCGCAAGAGCCGCGAGGAUUUGUCUGCUCAGCCUGUGCCCACGAAGUUCCCUGCCUACGAGCGGGUUGUGCUUCGCGAGGCUGGCUUUCUGAGACCUGUGGUGAUUUUUGGACCCAUUGCCGACGUUGCAAGAGACAAGUUGGCGAGGGAGCAACCCAACAGCUUUGAAAUUGCACGAAAUGAACCAAGGGAUGCAGGAACUGAUACAAAGAACUCCGGAGUGAUCCGACUGCACACCAUCAAAGAGAUCAUUGAUAAAGAUAAGCACGCGCUGCUGGACAUCACGCCGGGUGCGGUGGACCGCCUCAACUACGCGCAGUGGUAUCCUAUUGUGCUGUUCCUCAACCCGGACAGCAAGAGCGGCGUGAAGACCAUGCGCACGCGCCUGUGCCCCGAGUCGCGCAAGAGUGCGCGCAAGCUCCACGAGCGUGCCGCCAAGCUGCGCAAGAGCAACUGGCACCUCUUCACGUCUGUGAUCAACUUAAACUCCAUGAAUGAGGGGUGGUAUGGGGCUCUGAAGGACUCCGUUGCAGAACAGCAAAACCAGCUGGUGUGGGUCUCUGAGGGCAGGGCGGACGGCGACACGGACGACCUGGACAUGCAGGACGACCGCAUCUCGCACCUGUCGGCGCCGCUCAGUGAGCUGUCGCUCUACAGCGACAGCCGCGUCACCAGCGACUGUGAGGACACCGACACGGAGGGUGGCAUCUACACCGACCAGGAACUCGAUGAGACCAUGAACGAGACGGACACAGAGCCGGUGUUGGGCAUGCCCGUCGCGGGCAUGCCGUCUGCCGUGAGCCGCUCGUCUGAGCCCGUCCGGGACGAGGCCCCGUUUGGGUUCCACCACGAGCAGCAGGCACCGGUUGUCCAGGGGUACCACUCGCAGCAGCUUCAGCCUGUGCAGUCUGACCGGGAGCAUGCGGCAACCAAAAGAGCCUCUCCCCAGGAGCUGGAUCCCCGACAGCCGCUGAGCGCCGCCACCUUCCUGAGCAGGGCGACGCAGGGACAGCGUCCGGCAGCCCGGCAGCCCGAGGAGCCGGUGCCGCUCCCUCGUGCCCAGCCUGAGCCCCAGGCCGUGCACAGAAACAGCCCCGAGUCCGUGAGGAGACCAAGCCCGGAGCCCGCGGCUCCUAAACCACGCCUUCCCCGCACCACGAGCCGAGAAAUGCUUGCCGAGCCGUCACCGGAGCGAAGACCAGUCAAUUACAGCACCGAGCCUGCUCGUCAGAGCCAGGAAGUUAGAGGCUAUGACGAACAUAUAUAUCAGCAGCAGCAACAACAGAGGACCAGUUAUGAUGCACCGCCAGAAAACUACGCCCACAGCUCCCAAUCCAGCCACGAGUACUCUUACCAGUCCCAACCGGCUGUGCACGUUCACCACCAAACAGAGAGGCAGGCAGAUGACCACGACUACAGGAUCUCCUCCCCCUACCAAGACCACCGAGGACAGGAGUUUGACCCGAGGCAGCAGCAGCAGCAGCCGCAGCAGUAUGAAGGAAGACAGUCACAGCAAUAUGAAGCCAGACCACCUCAAUCGUACGAGACAAGGCAGCCCCAGUUCCAGGAGCACAGACCGCCACAGCAAUAUGAGGCUCGACCUCCGCAGGUUCAGGAGCACAGACCUCCACCGCAGCAAUAUGAUGCCAGACCUCCGCAGGUUCAGGAGCACAGACCUCCACCGCAGCAACAUGAUGUUAGACCUCCACAGCUUCAAGAGCAGAGACCACCACCGCAGCAAUAUGAUGCCAGACCUCCGCAGGUUCAGGAGCAGAGACUGCCAUCCCAGCAAUACGAGGCGAGACCUUCGCAGGUCCAGGAUCACAGGCAACCACCUCCGCCGCAGCAGUACGAAGUCCGCCAGCCGCAGCAGUAUGAGGCUAGACCUCCGCAGCAAUACGAAACCAGACGAGUGCAGAUCCCAGAGCCUCGGUCACCUGUGCAGCAUGACGGCAGGCAGCCUCACAGUUAUGACAGCCGCCAACCGCCAAGUGCUUAUGAGCAGCACCCGCAUUCCCGAAGCUUUGACGAGGGAUCGCUGAGAGCCUAUGAUGAACAGCCAAGGUCAUAUGAUAGCAUCCCACGGUCUAAUAAUGCACCGCAGAGGCCAUAUGAUGCUCAGCCGAGUUCCUACGACAGCGCAAGUCAAAGAGCCAAUGACAAUGCUCAACGCCAGUAUGGCAGCCUGCAAAGAAACUACCAGCAGCCCCACAGCUUCGACGAUGGUGAUGUCCGAAUCCACGAAGCUCAGCCCAGCCGUUCACAGUUUUCUGCCGCACCUGCGCCACCCAGUGCCACGGAACCCCCACGCCAGGCUACCAUCAAGCUCCCACCACCAGCCCCAGCUACAAACCCUCCUCGAGAGGACAGCGACUCGGAGCCAGUCAUCCCCAAGUCUGUUCUUGGCAGAGUGAAGAUGUUUGAGAAACAGCAGCCCAAGGCGGAUAUUCAGUUGGCUCAGCAUGUGCCACCACUGACGCAUGCCGCUCAACAGUCCACGCAGACUUACAGAACGGGCGAAGCGCCAAGGUUGCAGGUGAAACCUGCAGAUGAUUUACGUCCCGUGAAUCGCUACUCCAACUCACAGGAUGAGGAUGAGGACGAGGCGGCUGGGUACCGCACGCAGCUCGGCCUGUUCAGCCGCCAGGAUCCACCUGCACCCAAGCCCUCAGAGCCACCCGCCCAAUCGGCAUUCGCUGCACACAACAGCUUUUACAAUGUAAGUGCCACUGACAGGAGAGGCAUCUAUCGGGUCAAGGCAGGAGAGUUGGAAUCCCUGGAUACCAAGCCCAAGGUGGCAGACAAGCCCCUCGAUCCACCGGCUGGGGCUUCGCCUGCCCACAAGGCCGUCGGCUAUGCCCCUCCCAUUUAUCCCAAACCAGCCAUCACACAGAAACCAGCUUCUAUUGGUGGCACCGACACCUACCAGAGUUCUGUGUCUCGGGAGAACGUUCCUACCAUCCAAGCCAAGCCGGAUCCCCCCCAGCUGGCAACCAAGCCCAGUUUUCCCGUGCAGAAGCCGUUCCAGUCGGUGCCAGCGUCCGUAGCUACAACCCAGCCUUCCGUGAACGGGUCUACUCCGGCACCGUACAAAGCCAACCCUACUCCCUAUACCGCCAGCAGAUUCACGCCCGGCACUGCCAAGCCUUUCCAGCGGAAGUUCGACAGCCCCAAGUUCAUACACAACCUGCUUCCCAAUGACGCGGACAGCAGUGGGCUCCGGCCCAGCAGCCAGCAGUACGAGCCCGCAAGCAUCAACAUUACAACGAAACCUCAGGAGCCCCCAAAGCCACAGUUCCAAUCCGAGACCAUGACUGUUGCCCCCAAAGCCAUUCCUGUCAGUUCCAGUGCCUUGGAGGACGAGAGCCACACGGUGCUGGCGACAGCACGCGGCGUCUUCGACACGCACGGUGGGGUGCUCAGCUCCGUGGAGACGGGCGUGAGCAUAAUCAUCCCAAAGGGAGCCAUCCCACCAGCCGUGGAGCAGGAGAUUUACUUCAAGGUCUGCAAAGACAACAGCAUCCUGCCUCCUCUCGACAAGGAGAAGGGAGAGACCUUGCUGAGCCCUCUUGUGAUGUGUGGCCCCCAUGGUCUCAAAUUCCUUAAGCCAGUGGAACUCCGACUCCCUCACUGUGAGCCCAGUAACUGGCAGAAGGCCAGUGAUCCAAACUACAAGGGAGCAAACUGCGUUUCAGUGCUUAUUGACCACUUUUAGCCCCGGGCGGCAAUCUUAUCUUUCCUAUUCUUGCAAAUUACUUAGAUAGUACAUUGUACAUUCUAGCUCGACAUCUUAAAAAUGCUAAAUUCACUUUAACGGCUCGCAACACUGUGUAACAGAUGAUUUAUCCUCCAACAAUUGUAUACGUAGUCCUCGCCAGAAUUAAGUCUUAACAAUGCCUAAAUGGCCACUUAGAUGUAAGAAAAUUCUCGAAAAUACUUUAUUGACGUACUUUGCCAUUAAUAGCAGUAAGCAUUUUCCAGAGUUGCUGAGGCCCAGGUUUAAGGGUGCUUACUUGCCUUUAAGGGCAGGGUCCUAAUGGAAAAUAGUAACUUCAGCCAAAAUGAUGCAGCCAACUUUCAGGGAUACGGCUGUGAAAAAUCCGCCACAAACCCAAGACCUUAACGUGCCUCUGCUACUGUGAUAGGGGGGGGGGGGUGACACUGAAAGUCGAUGUGGAAUCCUGGGUGUGUGUGUGUAACUGUGUGUGUGUGUGUGAGACGGUGCCGUGUGUGUGUGUAACUGUGUCGUGUGUGUGUAACUGUGUCGUGUGUAACUGUGAGUGUGUGUGUGUAACUGUGCGUUUACUGGUUAUGAGUCACUUACAAAGAAAGAUUAGGCGUAAAUAUUUUCCCACCAACGGGGUUUAUUUUGCAUUUGUCUGACAUAAUUAGUGUAGGGUUGACAUGCUUGGGUACAUUAUAUUGUUUAAUAUACCCAUCACAACUACUGAACUUUUCCCCCAAUUUAUGACCAAAAUGCCUUGGUUCCUUAAGUGUCUGUUGCUUUUGUAAUAAUAUUUUGAUGUGUAUUGUUUUGCUACAGAGGAUUAUUUUCGGAAUUUUCUGGUAUUAAGAUACAAACAUGUAUAUUUUUCUCAUUUACUGUUGGUGACUUGGUGAAUUUCUAGUCUUUAAGUGAGCACAGCUGUUUUGACACAUGAUUGAUCUUAAAUGAUUAAAUUGUACUUUGCCUGAAAGAGAAAAAAGAUGAUUUUUUUUAAAUAUACGAUAUAUCUUCUCACCUGCAAUCUGUAAAUGUAUAUUUACUUUGUUCCCUUAAAUGAAAGUGUAAACUACAUUGUACGUUUUUUUUAGUAUAUUCUGCUACAGUUCAACAUGUGCGGUUUCCAAAGAGGCCUCUGCCAUCAGCUUCACAUCCAUUUGUUUUCCAACAAAAAAAUUUUUGUACGAGUUUCUUUUCAUAAAGCUAUCAAGUUAUUUUAGAAAACAGUAGUCUAAAUACAUAUUCCAAUCUCAUAUGAGUAAGAGCGGGGGUUUUUGAUUCGUGAUUUGGGGCUGUCGAAAUGAACAUGAGUAAAUUUAACAAAACUUACAUUUUACAACACUUAUAUGAAAUCCAUUAUCCUGUUCAAAUAUUGUUAGUUCCUUCAGUAAUGUAUGCAAAUUACUUUAUUCGCUUGCUACUUUUAGUCAAGUAGUCACUGUUAAUACCAAUUAGAUUUCUGUUAAGUUUUUAUUAACCCAAUAAACUUUGUAUAUUAAAAUAAA